AUGGUGUUCGGCCGCUCGUUGACAGAAUCGAGGCUGAUCAGCUCGGCCAAUUAUGUCCGCACCGAGCUCCCGACUCGAAUUGCCCACCGGAUCCGUGAUAUGCAACAGCUGCCAUAUGUCGUCGUCACGAACCCCCACUUUAACGAGGUCUACGACCUGUACUACACUGCGUUCGACACUUUUCGGAAAGUGAAAGAGAUCAAAACGCCUGACGAUAAUGAUCGCCUGUGCAAGACGAUCCAAUCCAUGCUCAAGGCCCACUUGACUGUGAUCCCCAAACUGGCAAUGGGCAUUUUGGAAAGUAAUGGGCUCAUGGACCCAGCGCAGUUGGACAAAUUCAUGAACACGAUCCUACGAUCCCGUAUUUCUCGCCGUGUCAUUGCCGAACAGCAUCUCGCCCUAACCGAAACGUUCCACGCGCCCUGGUUUUCCCCAGGAGCCCGCCUCUCCGAAUCCGAGUUCAUCGGCCAGGUCUUCCUGAAAUGUGUCGCCAAGGACGUGGUAAUCCGCUGCGGCGAUGCCGUCCGCGAGAUUCUACAGCGCUCCUACGGACCGGACGUGGCACUCCCGGAGAUCCGCAUCAACGGCCACCUCGACGCCAACUUCCCCUAUAUCCUCAGCCACCUCGAGUACAUCAUCGGCGAGCUCCUCCGCAACUCGGUCCAGGCCGUCGCCGAGAAGCACCAACGCCGAAAGGACAGACACACAAACCCAGACCGGCUCCCACCACCCAUCGAGGUCACCAUCUGUGAAAGCCACCAGCACGUGAUCAUCCGCAUCUCCGACCAAGGAGGCGGUAUCCCUCGCGAGAGCCUACCAUACCUCUGGUCUUUCAGCAAAGGCCCAUCCAGCGGCAAGAUCCUCGCCAACCUCGGCAAAGUCCCCAAGAUGGCGGCAACCAUGCAGGAGCUCCAACUUGAAGGCGACGAUACUACCACCACCACUACUACGGACAACAACAACAACACCGACGAAGACGACCACCCCCACGAAAACCGCAGCCCCUCCGUCGAAGGCGGCGAAAUAGGCCGAGACCUAAACUCCUCCCUCGCCUCCCUCUCCAGCCGCCCACCCAAUCUCCGCCUAGGCAUGGGUCUACCCUUGAGCCGAGUCUACGCAGAGUACUGGGCAGGCAGUCUAGCGCUGCACAGCCUAGAAGGGUACGGCGUGGAUGCGUUCUUGCAGAUUUCCAAGUUGGGGAACAAGAACGAGCAGUUGACGACGAGGGCGACUAUGGAUGCUGUGUAA